UUCCUGAUUCAUUCGGGAGCUAGACAAGAGGAGCUUAGAUGAAUUUGUGAGAGUUGGGCACCACACCCGAGAAAAUGAGGGACGGUUCAUCGAGACGGCUUGAGCCAUAACACUCUAGGAUUAAACCAAGCGAAAAUUGAGAGCAGAAUAUGAGCAUGAAUUCUCAAAUCUGGAGUCACUUGCUCACCAAUGCCAAUUGAAUUGAAGUGAUCUCCCAUCCCAUAGGCUACCGCCCUAGGGUUGAGUGAAUAAUAAAUCACCUGAGAGAGUAUGCUUCUGUUGUGGGCUAGCAACAAACCCUCACAAUCACAAAAGCAUUUGACAUUCUUUUCUUCAAAGUUUAAAAUAUAUAGGUCACCGUCCAACACCUCACCCCCUCUAACGGUUACUUUUUAAUCAAAAUUGGAAACCGAAAGACAUUAUAAUUCUAAUUAUUAUAUAAUGUAUAAAGCGUUGACAUCCAAGAUGGCGGGAACCAAAAAGGCUAUAAAUAGGCUGAGCCAGUAGUCACCCUCUUCACCACAACUCUGCAAACAUCACAAAGCAACACACACACACACAACACACACUCUCUCUCUCUCUCUAACAUUUCAAUGGCAAUCCCGGUGAUUGAUUUCUCGAAGCUCAAUGGAGAAGAGAGGGCCAAGACAAUGGCUGAGAUAGCUAACGGGUGCGAAGAAUGGGGAUUCUUUCAGUUGGUGAACCAUGGUAUUUCAGUGGAGCUCCUAGAGAGGGUGAAGAAGGUGUGCUCUGAAUGCUACAAGCUGGAAAGAGAAGAAGAUUUCAAGAACUCGGCGAUGGUCAAGAAGUUGAAUGAUUUGGCAGAGAAGAAAGACAGCGAGAAGUUGGAGAAUGUGGACUGGGAGGAUGUUUUCCUCCUCUCCGAUGAAAACGAGUGGCCAUCGAAGACUCCUGGAUUCAAGGAAACGAUGGAAGAAUACCGGUCUGAAUUGAAGAAACUGGCCGAGAAGGUCAUGGAAGUGAUGGAUGAGAACUUGGGAUUGCCUAAGGAAUACAUCAAGAAGGCAUUCAAUGGUGAAUAUGGAGAAAAUGCCUUCUUUGGCACGAAGGUGAGCCACUACCCACCUUGUCCUCAUCCUGAGAUGGUGACAGGUCUUCGAGCUCACACUGACGCCGGAGGCGUCAUCUUACUCUUCCAAGACGACAAGGUCAGAGGCCUUCAGAUCCACAAAGAUGGAGAAUGGAUCGAUGUCCAACCACUGCCCAAUGCUAUUGUCAUCAAUACUGGUGACCAAAUUGAGGUCUUGAGCAACGGUCUGUACAAGAGUGUUUGGCACCGAGUUCUACCCAUCCCAGGCGAGAACAGGAGAUCGAUUGCUUCAUUCUACAACCCGUCACUCAAGGCCACCAUAGCUCCUGCACCAGAACUUGUGGAAAAGGUGGACCGAGAGGCGGAUCAAGCUUAUCCCAAGUUCGUGUUUGGUGACUACAUGUCGGUUUAUGCCGAGCAAAAGUUCCUUCCCAAAGAACCAAGGUUCCAUGCUGUUAAGGCCAUGUAAUCAAGAAAGCAAAUCUUCACAUUCAUAAGGUGGGGGUUUUUUUUUUUUUUUGGUGGGCUUAUACACCCUAACAAUGAAAUUUUGCCGAAAUGGCAGAAAUGCUAUGGCGUAUAAUCCUCUAGGAACAUGCCUAGAUGAGGAUAGACAAGCUUGUCUAGUGUGUUUUUUUUAUUUGGUUGUGUUUGUCUGUCUUGCAGUGUAAUAUUGGGUGCUUUAUUUAAUGUUUGCUUUGUACAUUAGUGACCAUAUAAAUUGUACUUUCCAACAUCUCUUUGAUGAAAAUGGAAAAGAAAUGUAACUUUUGUCACUCUGUCAGUUAUGUUUCCGGAAAAUCACUUCUAGGGUUUUAAAUAUCGGUUGAAAAAAUAUAUAUUAGGUUUUUAGACUUGUGA